AUGGGAGUGAGGCUGACGAUGCAUCACAUGGCCGCCGGCGGCGGCGGCUGGAUCUCCCUGCCGGCAGAGCUCCUCAAGGAAGUCUCCGACCGUCUGCGGGCCGACACGGACCAAAUCCACAUCCGCCAGGUAUGCGCCCACUGGCGCGCGUCCACCGCCCCGCUCGCGGCCCUCCGCCCGUGGGUCGUCGCCGCCCACGACCGCCACCGAGAUCCUUUUAGCGCGGUCAACCCCGUCGGCGAACACUCCUUGUGGCUGCCCCGCGGCGGCAGCGACCCAAGGAUGGACCCCCGGGCACCGGCCCCGGCCGGCCUCCCCUACUGCUGCGGCACGCCCUGUGGCUGGCUCGCUCUCACGGACCACCUGCGAUCCCCCACCAGGCUCAUCCUCUGGGAGCCCCUCUCCAAAGCCGAGAUCCCUCUGCCCACUCUCACAACCGUCGCCCAAGUGUUCCUCUCCGGAGACCCGCUCGCCUCGCCGGGCUGCCGCUGGAUGGCGAUCGCGAGCCAAAAGAUCCCCGGCGCACAGAUCGGGCAGAGGCUCUUCUUCUGGCGCCCCGUAGACGCGGGCUGGGUGAUGCAGCUCGAGUACCCUAACGGCAGGAUCGAAGGCGCGGCCUUCCACAACGGCAGAUUCUACGUCUCCACCAUCAACAUGUCCCUCGACAUUUUCGACCUCCAACACCAUCCUCCCAAUCGUCUGCGCCGCAUCUGCCUCUACGCUCCUUUGCAAGCGCGGUAUCCACGCUACCCUGGGAAUCCGAUACCGCAUGCUGUGGCCUGCAACAACCAGAUGCUGCUCGUCAUCGUGUAUCGCGGACCACGCCAGGCCGUGAUACUUGCGGAAGUGCACCGCCCGGAUUGGGAUGCCGACCGCCUCGACCUCCGGGAGCACAAGGUGUCGGAUCUCGGCGACUACUCGCUCUUCCUGGGCCGGGGUGACACGCUCGCGCUCUCUGCAAACGAGUUCCCGGCCAUCAGAAGAAAUUGUGUCUACUUUGUGGAGCAUGAUACAUACAAGCAUGAGCAGUGGGUGGUUGUGUUUGAUUUGGGGUCAAACGAUUUGGAACGGAUUCCCCACCCACAAGAGCACCUGGAGGGCGGCGGCAAAAGCACUGGCUGGCUGGCGUAUUCCUGGUUCUGUCCCAGAAGGCCCUUCCUUGGGAAGCAGGCCCUAUGAGGUAUUGGCAUCAUUUUGGUCAUUUGGAAUGCCAAAUAAAUCAACUUAUGCCCUUCGCAUUUUUCUUGUGUUGAGAUUCAAGUCAUACAAAGUAUACAAAGACGUACACAAUCCAUG